GGCGGUUGGCGUGCGGUUGCCGCGGCAACCAGGGCCCGGCGGCGCGCGCGGGCCGGCCGUUGAGGGGAGAGCGGAGCCGGGGCCGGGCCAGGCCGGGGGCGCUUCCUGCCGGGAAGGAGCCUGGAGCGGAUCCCGGCCCGAGCCCGCCAUCGGAGCCGCCCUCCCACCCGCCCUGCUGGGCGGCGGUGGGUGGCGGGGCCACGGGACGGGGAGGGCGGUGUGAAAUCGCGCGGCUGUAGGCAUUCUGUAAUACUACUUAGAGGAGCACGAGGAAUACAGUAUUAAAAGAAGCAGUAGAGCAGCUUGACCUAUUACAGCACCAUGGUUCAGCUAACAAUGGACCUCAUUGCUAAAAAUGCCGGUCACAAGAAUCCAAGCGAAGAGGAUUUUGGACAAUAUGUGCAAAGAUUAACUCAUCUGAAUUUGUCAGAUAAAAAUAUAGAUUCAAUUGGUGAGCUCUCUUUCUGUAAAAAUCUGAGAGUUCUGUAUUUAUAUGAUAACCAAAUCAACCAAAUCCAGCACUUGGACUUUGCUUCAAACAUAACGCACCUUUACCUUCAGAACAAUCGUAUUUCAACUAUAGAAAAUCUCUCAUCGCUGAAAAAACUUGAAAAACUGUAUUUAGGAGGCAACUAUAUCACUGUAGUAGAGGGUUUGGAUAAAUUAGGAGAACUGAGGGAGCUACAUAUUGAAAGUCAACAUCUCCCUCUUGGUGAAAAGCUUCUGUUUGAUCCAGUAUCUCUUAACUCCCUGGCAAAAUCUUUGUCUGUAUUGAAUAUCAGCAAUAACAACAUUGAUGAAUUAGAAGAACUGGCAGUUUUGGAAAAUCUUUCUUAUCUUAAAGCAGUCGACAAUCGACUUCAGCAUAUGAAGGAUUUGAAGGUUGUAUUAAAAAAGUGGACAAAGCUACGCAGACUAGAUCUUACAGGAAACCCCAUCUGUCAAAAACCAAACUACAAGGAUAGGAUUAUAAUACAGUCACUGACUUUAGAAUAUCUGGAUGGGAAGGAAAUUCACGAAAUAGAAAGAAGUUUCUUAAUUAAUUGGAAAGCCUCCAUAGCUGCCAGGAAAAAAAGCAAUGAAAGAAUGACUGAUGAACAGGCAGCCUAUGUAGAAUUUUCUGACUUUGUAACACCUUGUUUCAAAGUUCCUCUUCACCCCAGUCGCUCUGUGAAAGAAGAAACAGAUUCUUUAGAUUUGGCUCACAAGCAAAAAGGUGAAGGAAAACCUCUGCCAAGAAUCUCUGAAAGAGGAAGUCAGAUGAAAACUCGGGUGUGUUUCUCAAACAACUUCCUUUUAGUUAUGUUGGUUAUUGCUUGUCUGAAAUAAUCUUUUUUAACCAUGUUAUAUUUAUUGUCUUUAUUUCUUUGAAAGACAGGAUAAUAGAUUUCAAUUUCUGGUUACAAAUCAGGGGACUAGCUAAUAGCAGUAACUUUAAUGUUACUAGUUUCUGUCAUAUGCAUUUAAUUGUAAUUAUUUUCCACAAAAGUAAAGUAAUGUUGAAGUUAAUUCUCAGAAGUAAGUUAAGGUGUGAGGACCACUGGUGAAGGGUGAUGGAAUUAUCUGGAGAAGGAGAAACAAUCAGUUUUUAUCAUUAUCUGGACAAGGAGAAUUAUCUGGAGAAGGAGAAUUAUCUGGAGAAGGAGAAACAAUCAGUUUUUAUCAUUACAGCUUACUUCUAACAGCCAUGCUCCAGUUUCACCUGUGGCAAUAGUAUAGUUUAGUAUUUGGGACCUAAUAUCACUCCUUCCAGAUUUAUAAUGUUAUUUUUAACCUAAUACUUUUAUUACUUAUCAGCUGAACUAGCCAAAAAAAAACCCCACAUCAUUUAUGCAAUGCUGUCGAUAAAAUAAAUAAAUGCAUGCAACUGACACGGGUAUUUUUUGUAAUUAAAUUAGUAAAUGUAGUAUUCUAUUUUACUUUCAAGUUAGAAUUUAUUAGUGUGUUUGACAAUUUAACUGAACAACAUUUAAUGCUAUUUUAUUUUUGACACCUUACCACUUCCCAUUCUAAGAGUUUUGUUUAUUCUAAUUAUUUGUUCUGAUUAAAAAUAGCUGCCUUUCUGUUGAGAAGGGAAGAAGAUGCCAUAUAAAUGUUGGGAUUUUUAAAAUUCUAUUGUAAGAUGGGUUUGUCCACAUUCUCAGUGUUCUGUCAGCUUGCAUGUCAUCUCUAUUAGCAUCCUGUCUUUUGGGCCAAGCUGAGUAAAACUGUGUUUUGCAUUUACCAUUCCCCUUAGUCCUAAAAACGAAUGGAACAUGAAUGUACAAUAUCUUUUCUCCUGUAAGACCUUCUGCUAUUCCC